GAGAGAGCAGCCGCAACCUCGCUUCUUCUUUUCCUUGAGCAGGAUGGAAUCUCAGGUGAAGCAUGCUGUUGUAGUCAAAGUUAUGGGUCGAACUGGGUCAAGAGGGCAAGUGACUCAGGUUAGAGUGAAGUUUUUGGAUGAUCAGAACCGUCACAUCAUGAGGAAUGUGAAGGGACCAGUGAGAGAAGGAGACAUUCUCACUCUUCUGGAGUCUGAAAGAGAAGCAAGAAGGUUGCGCUGAGGGUCUCUGGAUGUGUUGUUUGGCUCAGGAUACACAUUGUGGUGAAACGUUCUUUUUUUGUGGUAGU